AUGAACACUCUGUCUUUUGGCCAGACUUUGAAAGGUAGAAAAGGGCUUUACACCAUCACAAAGAAACUCCAUGAUUGUAUCUGGCUUGUCACAAACCAAAAUAAAGAGAAAUUCGUGGCGAAGAGUGUCAGUCCUUUUCGACUGCAGAAUGAAAGAGAUACACAGCUGCGUUUCCAAAACCGAACGCCUUUCAUUCGCCCAUUAAUCGAUGAGAUAGAAGACUCAGCUCCUGCUCUCAUAUUGAGGUUCCUGGAUACCAAUGUUUUACACGCCUCAAACACCCAGCGUCUGACUCGCCCGGAAGUUAAAUAUGUUGCGAAGAGGGUGCUAGAAGCUCUCUCAGUUUUGCACAAUGAGGGCCAUGUCCAUACUGAUAUCAAGCCUAGUAAUGUGUUGGUGAAUCAUAACCAGGGUGGUGUCAGGUUCAAGGAGGCCCAACUAGCCGAUUUCGAGAGUACCGUUUAUGUGGACUCUAGCCAUGCUCAGAAUGGUGACCCUAUCGGCACGCCUAUUUUCAGAAGCCCUGAAGCGCAGCUUCAAAUGAAAUGGGAUACUUCCACGGAUAUUUGGUCGUUUGGCGCAAUGUUAAUCAGCCUACUAUAUGGAGAUGGAUUUCAUAUUUUCAAGCCGGAUGUCCCUGUAGACCACGAUGAGUACGAUAUCAAAAUCCUCAUGAAACACCAUCGAUGCUUUGGGCCAUUUCCAGACUCAUACGAAGACAUUGCAAGCCAGGAAAGACUGGCGGCUCUCGUGUGGAUCAUGCAAAACAGCCCUCCAGAGACCUUGAAACCUUUUCAUCUCACAACAUCGCGAGAAAUUUUCCGGGGGGAUAAAGAGUUUGUACUGAGGGCAAUGAAACUUGAUCCCAGGGAUAGGCCCACUGCACAACAGCUGUUGGAUGAUGUGUGGUUUUAUCGCAAUUGA